UCAGCAAGAUCAAUGGACACCUGAGUGGCUAAGGCAGCAGAUUCUGCAGGAGGACUUCCGCAGACGCCAUAUGGGAGGCGGUGCUGCCACUAAGACUGCUGAGGGGUAUGGAGCUGCAGGGCGCGGCAAAGGAAGAGGGGGUUGGAGAGGCCGAGGCUGUGGGAGAAGCUUUGGCAGAGGUAGAGGCCGAGGUGACUAUAAUGAGGGGCAUGGGAGCUCCAGUGGCAGGGGGAGUACCAGAAUGGAGGGCACCUGCUGGUACUGCAAGAAGGUCGGGCAUCCUUGGUUCAAGUGCUUCAGCAGGCCGGAGGGAUGGUCACCUCCAGGCAUGAAGCCGCCAAGUGGUGAACGCGCACAAGGUGGCGCUGUGCAAGGCUCAGGUGCACAAGGUGAAGGUGCACAAGGUAACGCCUAUCCUGGGAUGUAUCUUAUGGUUGAGGAUGUGCAUGGGCAUGAGGGUGAUGUGGGAUCAGUGGGAAAGGUUGUGAUGCACCCUCUCACACACUGGGUGAUUGAUUCAGGGUGCACCAGUCACAUGACCCCACGGGCAGAUUUGCUUGAUGAGGUAAAACCCCCUGGGAAGAUCAAGUAUGUGGCAGCAGCGUCAGGUGCUUUGCUCCCUGUGAUUGGUGUUGGGAAUGCCAAGGUUAAGGGAGCUAAUGGGGAGCUUGUGGGGCUUGGGAAUGUUCUGCUAGUUGAAGGUUUGUCUGCUAACCUUCUCUCUGUGCGGCGACUGCAGAAGAGCAAGGCCGAAGUGACCUUUGGACCAACCAGCUGCCGUGCUAAGCUUGGGAAGAAGGUGCUGUGGAGUCUGGAAGAGGAGACCAGCUGCAUCAAGGACCUGUGGCAGCUGCCCAUCAUCCCUUGGAAUGGGAAGACUCCAACAGCAGCAACGGCAGCAGCGGCAAAGGCAACAGCAGGAGGAGAUGCAACUGCACCAACUGAUGGGGUCCUGGAAGCAGUCAAGAAAGUGCAGAAGCAGCAGACACAUGAAGUUGGUGAAGAAUGGGAGCCUGAAGGGCUUGGAGGUGAAAGGGGAGUGAAGGAGAUUGGGAGCUGUCCUACAUGCUUGGAGACCAAGUUCUCCAAGUUCCCCUUCAACAGUGCAACAGGACCAGCCAAGACCCCACUUGCACUUGUGCACAUGGAUGUGGUGGGGCCCACAAGAGCCCCUUCCCUCUCAGGCAGCCGCUAUUUCUUGACAAUUGUGGAUGACCACACUCGGGCAGUGUGGGUUUACCCUUUGAACAACAAGGGGGAGGUGGCAGCGGCUGUCCUUAAGGAGUGGAUGCCUAGAGCUCAGAGGGAAUGCGGACACAAGGUGAAGGUGAUCCGCAGUGACAAUGGUGGGGAGUUCAUUGGAGCUGAUUUUGAGGGGGAGUUGAAGAGGAAGGGGAUCCAGCAUCAACUGACAGUGCCCUACAACCCACAGCAGAAUGGCGUGGCUGAGAGGUUCAACAGGACCCUGCAGGAGGGGGCACGCACUCUCCUUGGGCGUGCAGGGCUGCCUGAUCCGUUUUGGGUGUCUGCACUGAGGCAGGUCGCCCUUGUGAAGAACAGGGUGCUGGCUACAGUUGGAGAUAAGGAGUGGAUCCCAUAUAUCAAGUGGUAUGGGAGUGCUCCAGCUGUGAACAUGCUGAGGGCAUUUGGGUGCAUGGUAGAGAAGCCGACAGUUGUGUUUUGUGACAAUGAGUCCGCUGUGAAGCUCGCCAAGAAUGCUUGUCUGCAUGGGCUGACAAAACACAUAAGGCCUAAGUGGCAUUGGGUGAGAAGACUCCUUGAUAAGGAGGUGCGGCUGGAGAUAGUGAAGACCCAUCAGCAGGCAGCAGAUAUUUUCACUAAGCGUCUGGCGGAGGCGGAUCAUUGGAAGGGCAUGAAGCUUGCUGGGAUGAGUGUGCAUUGAGUAUGCAUGCUUGAGAUGUUGGUAUGGUGGGUGAUGGUUGGCAGCCAGAGGGGGAGAUUGUUGUGUGAUGUCAUCAUAUGUUAUCACAUUCUGUCUGCCUCCCAUCCCUUGUUUCAAUUCGCACGUAUGGUGUGACUGUGUGUGAAAGAAUUUGUGUGGUGUGUGUUCUGGAGUUUGGGAAUGUGUUUUGUGUUAUUUUGUUUGAGCAGGUAUUUGUGAUGAUAGAUCUUGAGAAGAUCUUUCCGACACAACAAGAAUCGCUUCAAUCGGAGCAAGAACGCGAAAGCUAUGAAGAUUCAAAGUUCAUGAGCUUGCGUUACAAUUGCGGCGGUUACAAAGUGAAGUUGUGGGGUGACUCAAUAUGGAGUUGGGACCUUUGGGGUUGGGAAAUUCGUCACUCUACUGUAACAGCUGCAAAUUGGUUGGGAACAACCAAGCUAGGUUGGCAAGGGUGGCCAACUUGGAUGGAUUGGUUGGGAAGGGACAAAUGUCAAAGUUGGGGUUCCUAUAGGGGGGGAAUCUUUGUGCUUAUGGGGUUUCCUUGGUUGGGGACUCUCUUGGGACCUUCCCUCUCAUCCCUCUCUUCCAUCCCAACCUUUUUCUUGCUCCUCUAAUUUUCCUUGUGAGAUUCUUGAGCUUUGAUUGAACUUUUGAGAUUGAGUUAAGUUCUCCUCCUACAGCUUACCCCUCAGUGCGUCGAAAGACAUAGCGUCGCGAAUACUUCAUCAAUCGACGUGAUUCAAAUUGAGAACGGUAGCUAAGAUUGAGAGCUACAACAUAUCCGAGUUUCGCGAUAUUCCAACAGUUAUUUUUGU